GACACGAGGAACACAGAGAACAGCGGUCAAAGUUGGGAUUCUUGCAAGUCGUAGCAUCAGGUCUAGCGACUUCAGAGAACUACUGGGUUUUUUUUGUUUCGUCAUUUUAGUUUCUGUAGUGAAUCUGAAAUGGAGAAGGGGGAGAUAUGGGUUGAAGAUGAAGAUGAAGAUGGGUCUUCUUAUCCCAACAAUUUUAUGAUCAGGAGCAGCGUUAGUGAGAUAAUAGAAGAGGAGUUUGAUGAUCAUGGCCGAGAGAGAAUCCUUGGGACGAUCAACGAAGAAUUUCAGACGAGUGGUGGUGGUCCAGAUUAUGAUGAUGACAACGUUUAUGUUGCAGUGGGGAAGAGUGAUUCGAGCAUGGUUGCUCUCAAGUGGGCUUUAAAGAACUCCCUUGAGCCCUCCUCCUGUGUUUUUCUCAUCCAUGUCUUCCCUGAGGUUCAUCACAUUCCCACUCCCUUGGGGAGGUUUCCAAAGAACCAAGCGAGCCCAGAGCAGUUGGAGAGUUACAGGAGCCAAGAAAGGAGCAAGAGAAGGGAAGUCCUUGUGAAGUUCUUGAAUCUCUGUUCUGCUUCUCGGGUAAAAGUAGAUACCAUACUGAUAGAGAGUGAUCUUACAGCAAAGGCCGUGUCGGAACUCAUUCCCAUUCUCAACAUUAAGAAGCUGGUGCUUGGCACCACCAAAUCCAACCUCAGGAAAGGGAAGAGGAAAGGGAUUGCUAGUGAAAUACAGAGAGAGGCACCUGAGUUCUGCGAGGUUAAGAUCAUAUGUGAAGGUAAGGAUGUGAGUGGACAGAUGAUGAUAAUGGCAACUACCCCAACCACCACCAUGGCUUCCCCUAACCUUUCUCCGCGUACACCAACCCAUAAUGAUGAAGAAGAAGUCCAAGUUCGUCCGGAUCAAAAUGAGGAAGUAAUCAAUCCAAGAACACCAAAGCAGGGUUCACACUCUGGUAAUAAAAAUGUUAAGAACAGGGGAACAGAUGAUUCAUUUUCUUGUUGUAGCUGCUUCUUUUCCAGGUUCACAUAAUGCGUUGCACUGUUGUAACUUGUAAGCAGUGUUGCAGUAUAAGAAGGAAUUUACUGGAGCUGGAAAAUGAUUUCAUUCAUAUGGGGUCCACAUUGUCGAAAUAAGAGCGCUUGUGUGAGUUCCAUUGUUUAUUAUGUGAGAGGGGUAUAAAGGAAUCUGUUCAAAGGUGAUGCAUGCAUGCUUCCUGGUCAUGUAAGAUCUCACAAUUCACAUGAACCAAGAAAGACUAAGAACUAUGAAAGCCAUGAAACCAUUUUCAUGUUGGUGGCCCCAGAGGGAGUAG